AGCACUUUCAGCACCAUUGGCGAUGUCAAAGACAUUGUGCCAAUGUGGGCCAAACGUUUGCUGCCCUCAUCUUUGAGCCGUUUCGUUAAAAAACCGAAUGUGGAUGAGAGUGAUGCCUCCAAAGCCCCUGAGACUUCCACAGCUGUUCCGGAGCCGGAAGUACCGAGAGCCAGAUCUCUGACUCCGAGAGCCAGGCGGAAUGACGCAUCUCCGGGUGGGAGAGGGCAAGGUGACACCGAUCAAAGACGUGCCCCAGCGGCAUGUCCCAGAGCAUUCAAGAUGAUCAGCUUCAAGACGCCCUGUGCGUGCGAAGCUUGCGAUCCCUUCCAAGAGGUGACUGGAAGGCGGCUGCCUACUGCCUUGCCCACCUUCGGGAGGUCAGAGUCAUCCAAGACUCUUCCGACCUUUGGCAGGUCCGCCUCCGCCUCUUCCUUACAACGCAGUGGGAGUGCACGGUCGCUGUCACCGCGUCGGCCACGGGAAGAUGCAGUCGGGUGCCCCCAGGAGGUCCGGGAGCCCGUGGCCUGCGACUGGAAGAGCCUCUACAGCUUGGUAGGAAGUCUGGGGCUCCUCCAAAGCCAGGUAUUGCGCAAACUGAGAGACGAUCAGGAGGAACAACUCCUCCUACAAGGGUCCUCACAAACGACUGCAUCUUCACCACUCAGUGUGAACAGCGGUUGUGGCUAUCAAACAAAGAAAGAUGAGAAAGAGAUGCUGGAGCAAAAAGAAGUUCCAUCACCUCGAGGCGCGCGGCAACGCAGUGCUCCGCGGGAGCGCAGCGCCCCAGCGUCCGCUCGGGCAAGCAGAGCGGCUGUGAAGGUGGCGCCGGAGACGAGCCCUGCGAACUCCGAAGCGAAGAAAUCGGUGAGGCCCAAAAGCGCAGCUCCAAAAAGCCGCGAGCCUGUGCCAUCCCAGGCUCCGAAGGCCAAAGCCAAGGCGAAAGGAAAGAGCAAGGCCAAGGCGAAGGCCAAGGCGAAGCCGUCCGAGGACAACGAGGAGCCCGUGGAGUCUCCCACAGCCAAGUUGGCGCACCAGAUCAUGUGGAGCCCGGAAGGUGAUGAGAUCCCACUCCAGAGUUGCCAAAAGGUGGAGGAGCUUCUCCAACAUCUCCACAGUGUGGCGAAUCCCUUGUGUCAACACUUUCGCCUCAGGUACGAUUUUCUGCUUGAGCAACACUGCCAGGAAAGGAAGGCGGGUGUAGCCCGGCGCGCACCGAAGGUGGUGAACGGCGAGGAACGCUACCUGACAACUGUGCGCCUGCGCCUGCGAAAGCAUCCGGUCAAGGGCGAUCCGCAGAAGGAAUUCAUCGGAAGAGGUGCCAUGAUGGCAGUGCUGCUGCACGAACUCGCACACCUGCGCUAUAUGAAUCAUGGACAGGAGUUCAUGCUCUUGCUGAGAGAAAUCUUCGCAGAGGCGAAAAAACGUGAGAUCUUUGACCCGGAGCUGGUGAACGAACUGCCUUCCUGUCGACCUUGGGAAAAUCUCAUCUACCAGACAGGCGGUGAUAUCGAUGUUGAGAGUUUGAUGAAGGUCUUCGAACCUGACUCCAGCAGCUGUGCCACACCAAGGAACGCAAGCCCUGUUCGAGCACGGCCAACCAAGGUCGGACAGGUCGAGGCCGAAACGGCCGAAACGGCGUCCACGAAGGCGAUGGAGAAAGGUCGUCUCCCACCACCACCGCAGUUCGGCGAGCCUCGUUCUUCGGGUGCUUCUACCGCAACACCCGGAAGAGACUCGCUGAAUACGAUGCCUUCACUGCCUUCACGGUCACCUGAACCCACUGAGGUAAAGGAGGCGGAAAUUGUGGCCGAGACGGUUGCGGAUUUGGACGAAAGUCCUUCAAAGGCGAGGAAAAGCCGCAUGCUGCGGCCGAAGAAGACCUGAGCUAUGGUCCUUCAGUUGGAAAGGUCCCUCUUUAGGGCCAAAGCUCAGACGACUGCGUUGGCAGGAAAUUCUUCCUGGGGGAAUCCGUUGGUUUCUCAAAGUGCAAAACACACCAGCUACGCAGCUGUCUUUUUC